UGAACUUCGAUCACUUCCAGAUCCUUCGGGCCAUCGGAAAGGGCAGCUUCGGCAAGGUGUGCAUCGUGCAGAAGCGGGACACGGAGAAGAUGUACGCCAUGAAGUACAUGAACAAGCAGCAGUGCAUCGAGCGCGACGAGGUGCGCAACGUGUUCCGGGAGCUGGAGAUCAUGCAGGAGAUCGAGCACGUCUUCCUGGUGAACCUGUGGUACUCCUUCCAGGACGAGGAGGACAUGUUCAUGGUGGUGGACCUGCUCCUGGGCGGGGACCUGCGCUACCACCUGCAGCAGAACGUCCAGUUCUCCGAGGACACGGUGAGGUUGUACAUCUGCGAGAUGGCGCUGGCCCUCGACUACCUGCGCAGUCAGCACAUCAUCCACAGGGAUGUCAAGCCCGACAACAUCCUGCUGGACGAGCAAGGGCAUGCACACCUGACCGACUUCAACAUUGCCACCAUCAUAAAGGACGGGGAGAGGGCCACUGCACUGGCGGGGACCAAGCCAUACAUGGCUCCGGAGAUCUUCCAGUCCUUCGUCAGCGGCGGGAGCGGCUACUCCUUCGAGGUGGACUGGUGGUCGGUGGGGGUGCUGGCCUACGAGCUGCUUCGUGGAUGGAGGCCCUACGACAUCCACUCCAGCAAUGCCGUGGAGUCCCUGGUGCAGCUGUUCGGCACGGUGAGCGUCCAGUACGUGCCCACCUGGUCCAAGGAGAUGGUGGCCCUGCUGCGGAAGCUCCUCACUGUGGACCCCAAGCACCGAGCCUCCAGCCUGCAGGACAUGCAGGCGGCCCCGUCGCUGGCCGGCGUGCUGUGGCAGGACCUCAGUGAGAAGAAGGUGGCGCCAGGCUUUGUGCCCAACAAGGGCCGCCUGCACUGCGACCCCACGUUCGAGCUGGAGGAGAUGAUCCUGGAGUCCAGGCCGCUGCAUAAGAAGAAGAAGCGUCUGGCCAAGAACAGGUCCCGGGACAGCAGCAGAGACAGCUCUCAGUCUGUGAGUGGGGGGCCUGGUGCGGGGUUCCCCCCUCAUCCUCCAGGGCACUGCCUUGACUCACCCCCAGCCGAGCCCCUCACUUCCUCUCCCAAGCAGGUGGGAGUGGUUCGUGCUCUUUCCUGCUCUGGGUUGAGGCUCCCGGGCCCACCCCGUGCUCACCUCUGCCCCCAGGGGCACAUGAGUGUGUCCCCUCUUAUAGGGACACCCAUUGUGUUGGAUUAGGACCCACCCUAAUCC